AUGGCAGUUGAUGGUGUACCACCAAAAAUAAUUGUCAUGAUCAAGGCAUACUACCGCUCCGCCACUGCGCGGGUUCUAGCCCACAACAACUUCUCAAAACCCUUCGCUAUUCAGUCUGGCGUUCGACAAGACUGUGUCCUGUCACUCGUCCUCUUUAACUACGUCAUUGACUGGGUUCUCGGGGAGGCCUUACAGGAAAAUGAGGGUAUUAAGCUUGCACCCGCUGCAAGCUUUGGCUAUCUACAGUCUACGGUGUCACGGGUGAACGAGGUCGCGAAAUCGGCCGGUUUGUCUAAAAACGCUGGGAAGACCAAAGUGUUUUCAUGCUGCAUCCCUGCCCAAGAGAUGGGACCACUCGAGAUUAGUGGCUGUCAACUUGAAGAAGUCGAUGGUUCUCUCGAGAUUAGUGACUGUCAACUUGAAGAAGUCGACAGUCUCAAAUACUUUCGGAGCGAAAACUUGAAGAAGUCGACAGUUUCAAAUACCUCGGAGCGAUGUUGCUGCCGAACGGACAGAAUCCCAUGCGCUUACAUCUACCUGGACACGCUGAAAGUCAUUGCUUGGAAAGCUAUCAAAUGGCGAGGUGACAUGGACCCCCGGUAA